AGUUUUGUGAAAAUCAAAUUGAAAGCUUCGAUCCCAGAAGAAGAGCUCUUCGAAAGGAAAAGCCUCCAGGAACUGCUGCUAGUUUUAGUUUGGAGGAGUGGAAAGAAAAGCGAUUUAAAGAGCUUGUCAAAAGAAAUGAAUCAAAGAGAAACUGAACUUAAACACCAAUUAGUCCUGGAUAACUCUGAAAAUGUGCCACCUGUGCGUGGAUCAAACAUCUUUGUUGCCUCCAAGCAGGAUCUUGCCUGCUUGUCGGUGGGGAGAUCAGUGCUGAGAAGGGUGAAAUGGGGAAUGCACAGAGAAAGUUUCCUGGCAGAGGAGAUGGUGGACCUCAAACUGAAGAUAAACCGCCAUCAACAGCCAAGAAGGCCCAGACGAAGAGAGGGAGCUCGGAAAAAGGCAGUUAUCAGGGUGCAAACCAGGCUAAAGAGCAAGGGCAGAUCAGUGAAUUCAAGAGGAAUGGGAGCUAUGCAGGUGAUCAGACAAGCCCCAGUUCAUCGGGUACUGACAGCAGCAGGCCUGAUGUGCCUGUAGACUCAGGAGCUCUGCCUCCUGCUAUUGCCAGGCUGAAAAGUCAAGGCAAUGAGCUUUUCAAGAGCGGACAAUUUUCUGAAGCACUGCUGAAGUACACACAAGCCAUCAAUGACUUCACAGAGGCCGAGAUAGACAGUCCUGGAGAUCUCAGCAUUUUGUUUUCAAACCGAGCAGCAUGCUUCCUAAAGGAUGGUAAUUGUAGUGAUUGUAUUCAGGACUCUACCAGAGCCUUGGAGCUUCAGCCUUUCACUGUCAAGCCUCUCCUACGGAGAGCAAUGGCUUAUGAGUCACUAGAGCGUUACCGGCAAGCCUAUGUGGAUUAUAAGACUGUUCUCCAGAUUGACAGUGGGGUACAGUCUGCCAAUGACAGCGUCAACAGGAUUACAAGACUGUUGAUAGACCAGGAUGGCCAUAGCUGGCGAGAUAAACUUCCUGAGAUCCCAGCAGUCCCAAUAUCUGCUCAGCAAAACAAAUGGGAAGGCACCUCUGGAAACUGUGAACAAACACAGCAAAAGGCUAACGAAUCUGGUGGCACUAAACCUGUGCAGGACACAGGUAAAAAAACAGAAGCCCUCUUCCUGUCCCAUAAACAAGAAGGAAAUGAUUUUGUGAAGAAGGGCCAGUAUAAAGAUGCCAUUGAAAAAUACACUGAAUGCUUGAAGUUAAAACCAAGUGAAACUGCAGUUUACACAAAUAGAGCCCUGUGUAACUUAAAACUGAAUCAAUAUGAAGAGGCCAAACAGGACUGUGAUUCUGCACUGCAGUUAGAACCUUCCAAUAUGAAAGCAUUUUACAGAAGAGCCAUGGCUCACAAGGGGUUGCAGGACUAUGCUUACUGCGUGGAUGACUUGAAAGAAGUCCUAAGAUUGGACCCGAAUGUUGCUGAGGCAGAGAAGGAGCUUCAGGAGGCAGCUGACCUGUUGAGCAAGCAGAGUGUUGUUCCCGAUAGCCAGGAGAAGCACAGGAAGAAAAUCCAGAUCCAAGAGGUCAAUGACCAUGGUGAAGAGGAAACAGAAAAUGCACGAGAUAGAAAAGAGGUCAACCAUCAUGUUGGCACAGAAGGAGAUAAUGAAAUCAACCACUGUGGUUAUGAAAACAUGUUCCCCUUACAGCUCACAAAUGCUUAUGAGUUUGGACAAGCCUUGAAUGCAGUGAAAUCUAAGGAGGACGUUGCUGCCUGCGCAAAACUUCUCUGCAGCGUGGAACCAGAGAACCUACCAUCACUGAUGAGCAAUAAAUUAGAGGUAGAGAGCUUUACAAUAAUCAUUCAGGCACUGGACAGCCAUCUCCUUCAAAAGGACCCUAAACUGGUGUACCGUCAUCUAGUCCAUCUGCAUGAAGCAGAAAGGUUUAAGAUGGUGUCAUUGCUAUUGGGCAAAACUGAAAGGGAGCAAGUAAAGCAACUGUUUGAUCAUCUCUCAACAGUGGAAAGUGCACAAUUCACAUCAGAUGAUGUCCAGAAUCUUGCAAAACAUUAUUUAUUUUAAUCUGCAUGCAUUAAUUAGACUUUGAUCUGUGCAAAUAGUAUGACUUAUAUACUAUUACAGCUCUCAACUGUACAAUGAAUGAAAAAGACUUAAAAUUGCACCUCAAUAUUUAUUGUUUCAUGUUAAAAGAAAAUAUAUAAUUUAUAUAGAAAGGGAUAUUAUUUAAUUUGGAGAUGCAUGUAUUAUUUUUCCAUUUGGAGAUUUUUACAUUAUAACUUGCGUGCGUUCAUGUUUUAGUUUGACUUUUUUGCCUCAGUUUACAGCUUAUCCUGUCCAUUAAGUACCCGAUUGCUUUCUGUAUAUCAGAUCACCUUUUCUGUUGUAAAAACACAAAGGGCUGGUAAAGUGUAUGUUUUUGGAAUGUUUUAAUCAUUCAUGGGAAGUUUGGAGCUUUGUGUCAAAGUUAGGUGCAGAGUCAUAUUUUUAAGGGUUACCAAAUCUGCUUGUUUCUUUAAGCUGUUUAAACAAAACCAGAAUGCAAUAAUAAAUGGUCUCUAGACUGUCUAUUUUUUAUCUCAAAUACAUAAUACUGCAUGAAGAUGACUGUACAGAGAAAUGCUGCCAAAUCAGCAGAAUUAACCACAAAGCAGUGUAUAUGUGUUUUGAAUUUACACUGCAUUGAAGAUUUUGAUGGAACAUGUAUUUGAAAUAUAUUGGAGAUAUGUCUGCUUUGAAACUUGACAUUGUAUAUUUAUUUAGGUCUUCCACUCAGGUUUCUUCUCCUUUGCAAAAUGCUAUUUAUUUUAUAAGUGGCUGAAUAAAAUAAUAAAAUGUUUUAUUUAUUUUUAAAUGUCUGUUAUACAGGUGACUGUAUUUCACUGUUUUUUUUCCACUUGGAAUGAAAAUCUAGUGAAUGUACUAAAUUCAGGGGAUGAGCUUGAUGCAGCAAUUGCCUUGGAGCAAUAAACUGCAUGUUUUAAACAGUAUUUAUCUGUUUUUUCUUCCUUAAAUUAUCUUUUGAUAAGAGUCUUAACCGUACAACUUUUCCAAAACCCAUUCAUGUUGCUGCACUCUAUGAAAAUGUGUAUGUCAAACGUAUUAUUAAUGUUUGUCAGUCAUGCAAAUCUAAAUGCAUUAAAACAAGAAAAAUGUCUCACAACACAUUGAUAAAACUACAUCUGGAUUUUCAGUUUAAUUCAGUAAGACAUCUGUAUGUCCAUGUAAUUUAAUACUUAAUUCCCUUCUUUUCUUAAUAAUCGGAAGAGGAUCAGAACACGUUGGCCAAUUUUUACAUAGAAUUUGAAAAACCAUAUCAUCCAUUUACGUACCUUUCCUUUCCUUUGUAUCAUACACCUUAUGCUCGUAUUUUUUACACUUCAUUGCCAAAAGAAAAACAUAUAUAUUGUGGAGGUCACAGCAAAUGUCCUUUUUACAUGUUUUAAAUCAUAACCAGAUUAACUUAAUUAGGAAUUUAUGAAGUUGCUUAAGAAUCCUCAGUGUCACACACAAGCCGAAAUUGUGGGCUGCAGUGCCCACAGUGUCAUACAAAAGGGUUUCUUAGACAUUUCUCACAAAUUCCCAAACCCACGUGAUGGCUUAAAACAAUUCUGA